CUUCUCCCUCCCCCCGUUUAAAUUGGCCCACACGUGUUCUCUCUAGGAAUGAAGAAAGUUUUGCAUGUACUUUGUAGGACGUUUGCCCGGCACCACCCAUUUUCUUUUAUCCUGGUUUCUCAAACUGGGCGUCAGUACUACAUAGAUCUGCCCUGAAUCCGUCUCAGCACCGCCGCUGGGACGUCUAAAGGGGACGAUUCCGAGUGACCCAUCGUGGCCUGGGCCUUGAAUCAGGGAGGAGUUGUGUGACUUCCUCACCCCUUGCAAUGGGGCAAGAGGCGUUACUCAGCCUUUUCCUUUACGCGUGCAUUGAGGAAGAGGAGGACUUACUCCUCUCACCUGGAGAUCGGUAGUAAGGAAAGGGAGGAGCUGGAGGAGCUCUCUCCCACCUAGUCCGUGGUGGAUCAGGAAGAGGAGAGCGUCAUACAGCUACUCCGAAGGGUCUUCUUUUUUCCCAGCUCCAUCACACGCCAAGUGGAAAGCGAGAGAAAGCCCGCCCGGCCGCCCUGAAAGAUCGUCUCUGGCCGGUGUUGCAGUUAGAGGAAGCCCGCUGCCGUCGAGGAGCUGAUGCGUGGAGAUGGCUGCGGGCCGGUGGAUCGCGGCCAAACUCCUACUAGUUGCAGCUCUGAUUCUCCAGGGGGCAGGUGCCUUUGAAAUCUCCCUUCUUCGUGGUGAGAAUAUAACAGUAAGGAUUAAACCUGCACCUUCAACAAACUGUGUACUGCGCGUUGGAGGAAAGCAGCAACUUUCUGAACUGAAAAUAGAUCCUGGCCAGCGGCUUAAUUUUACUUUUGAUUGUCGAACACCGGAGAAAUAUUGGAUCUUGGUGAUUGAGAAGAACAUUGAUUGCAUGUUAGGACCAUGUCCCUUUGGAGAUGUUCCACUUCAGCCUUUUGGAUUACCGCCCCUUAACAGGACCUUCAUUUGGGACGUUAAAGCUGACAAGCUAGUUGGACUUGAACUGAAGUUCUCUACAUGGUUAAGACAAAUUCUGCCUGGAGACACUUGCUCUGAUCAAGUUCAUUAUAACAUUGGCAGCCGUCUUGAUGCAAACAGAGUCAACAUUGGAAACUUCUGCAGAAAUGGUUCAGUGUCUCGGGUCAAGGUGCAGGGGGGAGUUACCUUGACCCUGCAGCUUCCUUGGAAUUCAAAGCUUGAUGUGUCUGGCUUUAAGCUCGAAAGCAGGUCUUCCAUACAAAGAUUGUGUAUUAUUGAAUCCACAUUUCAAAGUGAAGUAUCAACAACCUUGAUGUCUGCCAACUACCCAUUGGGGUUACCAGAAGAUGAACUUAUGACAUGGCAGUUUGUCAUUCCAUCCAACUUAAGAGCACAUGUCUUUUUCCGCAACUAUACCAAACCAAAUUGUGAACGGAAAUAUGAGAGGCUAGAAUACUGCUUACCUGGUCAUGAGCCUAAAACAUUGCCACUGAACGCGGUGCAACCUGUCAAUAUUGCUGGUAGUUUCAACCUUUCCCUGCAAGGCUGUGACCAAGAUGACCGAAAGCCUGGAGCCCUCAGUUUGCUUUUUAAUGUGGAGGUUCGGUAUCCUGAAAAUGAAGAGAAUGUAACCCACAUAGUUGAUUUAACGAAAGAGAAGAACAUGAAUCUUACAAUAUAUUCAAAGCCAACAAAGCCUGAACGUUUAUGCUUGAUCUGUAUUGGCCGUAGUAACAAAUGUGAACCCAAGGUGACUUUAGUAUCUGGUGUCAGUUACGCUAUCACCUUUCUUUGUCAAAAUACAGAGAAUAUAAGGAUAAUUGCUGAACAGUCUGGAGUCUGUUGGAAUUCCAGAUUGUGCCAGAUGAGACCUUUCUCUCUGGUUGUACCCCCUUCUCUUACCCAGCUGCCAAUCCUGCUUGAGACAUUUACAUGGAAACUUCGGGCUCCAGCAGACACCAGCAUAGAAAUCAGGUCUCCAACCUUGAAACUUAAGCAACAUAUCCCAAACCAGAAUCAAAUAUGCAGUGGAAGUUAUAAUUAUGCUAUUAAUGGCACUGCCCCAGAAAAGGCAUUAAGCCUUGGUUUAUUCUGUCCUGGUGGAGCCAUUGAAAAAAUUCAGAUGAAAGACAAUGUUACCAUAACACUUAAGACAUACGGGAAAAGGUGGUUCACUGAGUCUCCAAAACAGGAUCUUCAGUACUUUUUUAGGCCAGUCAUUCAAGAAGACUGUAUUUUCAGUCUUACUCCAGGUCCAAAAGCCAAAUUUUACCUUCAGACCCCUAACUGGCUGGAAGGCUUGCCUGCUUUCGUGUCUGUGUAUUGGAACAUCACUGUCCCAGCAAAACAAGUUGCACAGCUGAUGUUCCCAAAGGACCGACUGGGUGUUACUUGUGAACAGGGCUGGGCUAACAUCUAUAUUAAGGAACAGAGAUCAGAUGCAGAAGAAACUGUGCGUCGUCAUGAUCAGAUACUGCCAAAAACUCUAAAUAUGCAGCACCACUUCUGGGUAAACAUCACUAACUGUAAGCCAUCUGCUAAGCAACUACUGAGCGUGCAAUUCAUGGUGACAUUUCAUCAGAAAAAAACAGGUUUGGCGGUCAUAAUUGGCGUGGUGGUUGGUGGGAUAGCAGUGCUAGCAGCUAUUGGGCUUGUCAUAUGCUGCACUAAGAGAAAGAACAGGAAAAAGGAAAACCAGAUGCCAAUGGUGGGAGUGUAUAAUACCAAUGUCAACACCCAGAUGCCUAGAAAAAAGGGCAUAUUCAAAAAGCGAAGAAAGACCAAUGUGUCUCAUGUCUAUGCAGUUAUUGAUGACACCAUGGUUUAUGGGCACUUGCUGGAUAACUCUAUGAAACCAGAAAAUGCUGAGAUAGGGGUGUACCAGCCUUUUUCUGGGCCCAUGAGUACCACACCACCGUCCCCACCUCCAUUCAGGAAAGAAUCCAAAGUGUCUGACAUGGACGCUUCAUUAAUGUUAAUGACUGACAAUGAGAACUAUACCUUUGCACACCGCACACCAGAAGAACUCCAGAGCAAUGGUGACGUGAAUGUUAGCGGUAAUAGAAAUGUGGGGCAGUCCUUGCCUGAGAAGAAUGAACAAGAAAAUUCAGUGGAAUAACUUUUCUACCUAAUACUUUCUGACUUCUACGGUUCAAAUUAGAAACCAAAUCUUACACCUACUUUUCUGUAGUUUCUGUUCAGUUUUUAGAAUGAACAUACUCGGACAAUGUAUUUGCCAUAGUAUGUUGGGCAGAUAUGCAAAUAACUUGGAACACGGAGAAGGACAGCAAAGAUGUAUUUUCAGUCUUUGUAAUAACAGACUUGUUUUUCAAAAGGUAAAAGACUGCAUGUCGGAUGUUAAACAAAACUGCAGAAUUACUUUACCAAAAAUGCCUGUUGAUACCUGUUUCUUGAAGCCGAGCUCACAUGGCUAUGAAGAUCUCAGGCAUGCUACAAAAUGAAAAAUGGGGGGGGGGAUUUGGGUGGAAUGGCAUAGCGCAAAGACAACUUUCCAAACUGAAGCCUUUCCAUAGGAUCAUGACUUCUAUUAUCCAUAUGGGUUCCCUUCCUAAUAUGCUACUGAGGAUUACACCACUUCUUUAAUAGACAGUGCCUACACAACUCAGCAGCAAAAAUUAUUGUGCUAUUUGUAAAAAGGAAUGCUGCUUCUCUCCGUUUUCAAUCAAUUGUAUGAUAUGUACAAUUAAAGAUCUUUCAUUUUACUCUACUUUUAUAUGGAAACAAUGUUGUGCUUUUAACCAAUUAUCCUCAAUGAUGCUUUCAAAACUAAGUUAGGGUAUUGCCAAGGUUCUAAUGCAAAUAAAUUAUUCGUUCAGCAUGAAAGCUGUUGCUAAUCUACGCAAUGGGUUGCCUUGUAUUUAUUGGUCAAAAGUGCAAAAAUGGCAGACUUAAAUGUAAAAAUAUCAAAAUAAUGUAUGGGCUUGAACUCCACUGAUUUUCAGAUAGCUUUAUGCUCUGAAGAGCUGUAAAAAUAUACAUCUGUUUUGUGUGUAUGUACCACCAGUGGCUAAGUACUUACCUUUGUAUGUAAAAGCACAGAGUUAAAGAAAACAACAGUUCCAUUUGCAUGGGUAAUGCAAAUGGACAGCCAUCAUAGCCCUGAACAAUACUUUCACAGUCUAAAUGGCCAAAAACAUACCUGUACAUUCAAGUACCUCAUUUUGAGGAGUAUGGGAGCUACUUUGUGGAACAUGCACAAUUUUGCACGUGAUGCUACACUUCCAGAGAGGCAGUGAGUGGCUUACUGUGAAUUAAUUCUUGCAUAGUGAUGAUUAAACAGAAUGCAAGUUAGGAAAGAAUGGAAAGAUAACUUUUGAAUUUUUGAUUAGCAUUAUUUAUCUUGAAUGAAUAUAAUCACCAUACAUAGGCUUCACUCAAAAAUAUUCAGUAGCUGGUAUUAUGUGGGAAAGCAUUUUCUCUGAGCUUUGUGGAUCUUAGCAUUUCAUGUUUGCAUAUAUGCUUAUAGACAGUUGCACAAGACCUCUUGCACAACUCCUAUUUAUCUCAAUAGUUCUUGAGCAAGGGACAUUUCUGGUAGAGUAUGUGGGAGUAUGUGUGCUUAUAUGCAGCAUUUUAACUAGUCACAAAAAAGUUAAUAGUAUCCAGAAAUCUGUCUGGUGAUGCUCUGUAUGUGCAAUGGGGCUUCCAAAGGCCCCCUUUUCAAAAGCAGCUGCCUCCACACUGCUCAACCAGUUGCUCUUGAAACUCAGGGGAAUCUCAGCAGUGACAUCUGCACUUUGGUGAGGUGUCAGAAAUGAACAGGCAGCCGUUGAAGUGUUUGCACUUUACAAAGGGCCUUUCUGGAUUCCUUCCAAGUAAUGCAUUCAGUAUACUUUUUGCAUCCAUAUUAAUUUGCAUGACCCAAUUCUAUUAACUUUCUGUAUUUUAAAUGUAUAUAUGUUGAAACUAUUAACCCAAUUUACAUCAUUUAUGUUUAAUUAUCACAUUAAUAUUACUUCUGGUCUGUGUAUUGGCUCUUGUCAUCUACACAUACAAACUACACAAACUGCACAUAUGAGUAUGGAUUCGACAUACCUGGAUGUCCUCUUAAAAAUUUUUUUUUGCAUUGUGAAAUCUGUCAAAUGUCUUGGGGCUCACCUUUUUGUUAAAAUAGUGAACAUGAGACCAUUGCACAGUUGUGAAAUGGGUGGGGUUUUGGUCUCCAUACCCUAAAACAAAGACAGAAUGAAUAUACAUAAUUUUGUAAUGCAUAUGCAAUGGAAUUUGUCCUGUAAGGUUGGGCCUAUUUUGUAAAUGUGAGAGUAUGUUAUGGCACUAGACAUUGUCCUUCUGAAGUUGCAUGAAACCUCAUUUCCUGGCAACAUGACUAUAUCCAAAAUGAUUUUUUAUAGCAGUAAGACAGAAUUGUGUUUACUAGUAGGGGAGCUCUUGUAGCCUCCUGGCACGCAUAACACUAUGCCAUAGAAUCUUCAUAAGAAUUGCAGGAUCAAAUUGGAGUUGUGUAAUUAUUUUCCCCCAAAUUACUACUUUUUUGUCAUUAUUUCUGUAGAUCAUUUAAUAACUUAUUCAUUGUAUAUCUUUGUAAAUAUUUGUGACACUUCUGUGUAUGACUGAAAUUCCCAGUGUUACUCUUUCAUAGUCUUAUGCUCCUAUAGUUUUAUGUUAUAAGGCUUAUAACAUUUUAAUUUCUUAAAUUCCUCUGACACAGAUGUUUUAUUUAAUUUUGCAUUUUCUGGUUACACCAGAGAGACAUUUUGAUGCUAAAGAUCUUUUUACAUGUAUGAGUUUUUCAGAA